AUGAGAUAAUUUUUAUAAAAGUUAAUUGAAAGCCAAGCACUUCAAGAUUCAGCCGGUGUUGCUAGAGGUUUAUACAGAGUAGCAGAUGGAUUACUUAAAAAUCAUAAUGAAGUGAUCAAUACAGACUUACUCCUUCACUAAACUAAAUCAACUUAAACUUAAAUAUAGCAGCAAAAAUAAUAGCAAGCUUAGGGCUUAAAUAACUAACCGUUGUAAUAAUAGAAUUAAAAAAUCAAUUCAAAAGAUGCUACUCAAGAAGGAGUAGCUAAGAUGAAUGCUGAAUUAGAAAAACAAAAGGUUUUUGCUUAGAAGUAAUAAGAAGAGCAAAUGUUAAAAGAACAAUUAAAAAUAUAGGAGUAACUUGAAAAGGAUAGAUUAUAUAGAUUAGAAUAGCUUAAAAUUUAAGAGCAACUUAAAGCAUAAGAAGCUUAGCAAUAGGCUAUAUUAAAAUAAAAAUAAGAAUAAGACAUAAAGAGUAGCAAUGAUAUAACAGAAAAGCCUAUUCUAAAAAAUGAUAAUGUUUAAUUGAACAUGAAAUAGCAAAAUCAAGAAGAAGGAGAAGAGGAAGAAAUAGUCCACAAUUAAUAAUUUUCAGUUGGUGAUGAGAAAGCAAUCCCUUCUAAUUCUGUUUCUAGAGCUUGGGGAUUUGGUACUUUAGGUGUUUAAUUAGCAUAUGGCGCUGCAAAAGAACUUAUUAGAACAUCAAUUGGUGGAAAGCAAAAAUCAGGAGCUGGAAUAAAGGGAUUGCUUCUCUCUGAAGAAAAUGCUAGCGUUCUUUCUUAAGGACUUUGCAAGAUGAGAGGAGCUCCUCUUAAAUUAGCUUAAGCAUUAAGUAUUCAAGAAGAUGAAGUAAUUCCUAAGCAUGUUAGAGAUGCUUUUGAAAAGGCAAGACAGUCCGCAGAUAUUAUGCCAAAGAAAUAGUUACAUAAAAUGUUAGCAUAAGAGUUAGGUGAAAAUUGGAAAGAUAACUUUUAAUCCUUUGAAGAAAUGCCUUUUGCAGCAGCAUCAAUAGGUUAGGUUCAUAGAGCUGUACUUAUAGAUGGUACAAAGGUUGCUGUUAAAGUUUAAUAUCCAGGAGUGAAGGAGAGUAUUGAUAGCGAUUUAAAUAAUUUAAGAAGACUUAUGAUAUACACUGGAGUAUUCCCUAAAUAAAUGUUCUUAGAUAGAUUGAUUGAUUAUAGUAGAAAGGAAUUACAUGAGGAAUGCAACUAUACUUUAGAGGCAGAAAAGCAAAUUAAAAUGUAUAAUUUUUUAAAAGAUGAUGAAGAUUUUACUAUUCCUAGAAUUAUUGAAAAUCUUUCUACUGAAAGAAUUAUGGUAUCUGAGUUGAUUGAAGGAGACACAAUUGAUUACAUAAGUGAAAAUUAUCCAUAAGAAUUAAGAGAUGACAUAGGAAGAAGAUUGAUGAAGGUUACUUUGAAGGAAUUGUUCCUCUUCCAAACUAUGUAAACAGAUCCAAACCCUUCUAAUUACUACUUUAAUAGAAAGACAAAUAAGCUUAAUUUAAUUGAUUUUGGUGGAGUACAUACUUACUCCUUAGAGUUCAUGGAUAAAUAUAUCGAUGUUAUUUACUCAGCAACAAUAAAAGAUAGACAAAGAGUUCUUGAUAUUUCAAGAGAAUUAGGUUAUUUGACUGGAGAAGAAAAUCAAACUAUGAAAACUGCUCAUGUUGAUAGUGUAAUUACUGUAGGUGAGCCUUUUGCAACUACAGGUAAGUAUGACUUUGGCUAAUAAACUCUUACAACUAGAACUUAUAAGCUUAUGCCUUAAAUGCUUAAGAAUAGACUUUGUCCUCCUCCAUAAGAAACUUACUCAAUACACAGAAAAUUAUCAGGAGCCUUUUUACUCAGCAUGAAAAUGAAAUCAAAUUAUGACUGUAGAUCAAUAUUUUUACCUCUUUACGAAGAAUAUAAAUAAAAGCGUCAAGGAAUAACUCGUACUUUCCUCUGA